UCGAAAACCACCAACAAGCAAAACCACUGAACCACAAGCCAUUUGGUAGGGAAUGACAAAUUGGAUUCCGAUUUGUUCGUCGAUUUUAUAAUGCUCAAAACUAAAAUUAAAGCUUGCAUCAUCGCUUCCGUCAUAUCAAUGUUGUGUACAGCUUAUCUUCCAUAUCAUACAACUACUUGGAGCGUAAGUCUCGGUAAUCGCUGUGAGAACUGAUUAUACUAUAUUGAACAGCCAACAACCAGGGCUAGUAUUUAUACCGAUCGAAACACCAAACAAUCCUUCCAUCCACAAAUUAGUCAAACCUGAAACUAAGUGGUGCUGUUUCAACCAAAUCAUUGGAAAAUGGCGGAUGAAGUGAAGUUGUAUGGCGCUGGAGGAAGCCCAUUCGUUUGCAGAGUUAAAAUCGCUUUGAAGAUGAAGGAAAUCAAGUACGAAAACUUCGAAGAAGAUAUGAGCAACAAGAGUGCCGAUCUUUUGAAGUACAAUCCUGUUCAUAAGAAAGUGCCGGUGCUGGUGCAUAACGGAAGUCCGAUCGCAGAGUCUCUUGUGAUCGUGGAGUACAUCGAUGAUGUCUGGAAAGGGGUUCCGAUUUUGCCUCAGAAUCCUUAUGAGAAGGCUCGUGCUCGAUUUUGGGCCAAAUUCGUUGAUGAUAAGUGUAUGCCUGCAGCAUUCAAGGUUUUUGGCAGCAAUGGAGAUGAGCAGGUUAUUGCGGAAGCUUGUGAGCAACUUCAAAUGCUAGAAAAUGAACUGAAAGUCAAAGGUACAAAGUUUUUUGGAGGUGACAACAUUAACCUGGUUGAUAUUGCUGCUGAUUUCAUAGCCUAUUGGCUUGGAAUAAUCGAAGAAGCAACUGAAAUUAAGUUUUUUACGAAAGACAAGUUUCCAAAACUCACGGAAUGGGCUGAUGAGUUUGUCAACUGUCAAGUUGUGAAGGAAACCUUACCUCCAAGAGGGAACAUGGUUGCAUUUUUCAAGAAACGGUUUGGUGGGUCCGAUUGUAGGGGUUUUGAGGUUCGAUUUCAUGGGUUUCACCCAGAUGAUGAACAUACAAAAGUCGGAGAUGGAAGGACUUUGAGAAAGCAGUUUGGUUGUGAAAACUUUGAAGGAAAUCAAGGAAGGGUUAGAGAAGAUGGAUCUAAAAGCAUGUCCAACAAGAGUGAUAAUGUCGAAGCUGCAUCCAACGAUGAUGUCCCACCUAGCCCUUCAGAUCUCGUCAAAGACAUAAAUAUCACUAGCAUACUCCACACACACACACACACACAGGCUUCUGAUUCUUCUUAUUAA